AUGGCAGGACGGUCCUUUCAACACCUUCUUAGCUUUCUUAUGCUUUUGCUGCUAUGUGCCAAACCUGGCCUGGGGAGUGUUACUGGGUGCAUAGAGAGGGAGAGACAAGCUCUCCUUCACUUCAAACGUGGCCUUGUCGAUAAAUUUGGCCUUCUUUCCUCUUGGGGAGACGACAACAGAGAUUGUUGCCAAUGGAAAGGAGUCCAGUGUAGUAACCAAUCAGGGCACAUCAUCAUGCUUCAUCUUCAAGCCCCUCCUUCUGAAAAUCCUUACGAGUACCAGUCUCUGAGAGGUGAGAUAAGUCCUUCGCUGCUUGAAUUGGAGCACUUGACUCAUUUGGAUCUCAGCUGUAAUGAUUUUGAAGGGAGGCAUAUACCUCCAUUCCUUGGUUCCCUCAGCAGAAUGCAGUACCUCAAUCUCUCUCUGGCCAAUCUCGCUCAAACUGUUCCCACUCAACUGGGAAAUCUUUCCAACUUGCUUUCCCUUGACCUCAGCGAUAAUUAUAAUGACUUGAAUUCUAGGAACCUGGAGUGGCUUUCUCGUCUUUCUUCUUUAAGACACCUUGACCUGAGUUCUUUCGACCUUAGUGAAGCCAUCCACUGGUCCCAAGCAAUUAAUAAACUCCCUUCUCUCAUUCACUUGGAUUUACAAAAUUGUGGUCUCCCUCCCAUCCCUCCACUCACCAUUCCGUCUCUUUCCCAUGGGAAUUCCUCUGUCCCUCUUGUUUUCCUUGAUCUCUCUUGGAAUCAUCUCACUUCUUCAAUAUACCCAUGGCUGCUCAACUUUAGUACCACCCUCCUUCAUCUUGAUCUCUCUUCGAAUGAUUUAAACGGUUCGAUUCCGGAAUAUGCUUUUGGGAACAUGAGUUCCCUUGAAUAUCUUGAUCUCUCUGGGAGUCAACUUGAUGGUGAGAUUCUGAAUUCAAUUAGAGACAUGAGUUCACUUGCAUAUCUUGAUCUCUCUUCGAAUGAUUUAAACGGUUCGAUUCCGGAAUAUGCUUUUGGGAACAUGAGUUCCCUUGAAUAUCUUGAUCUCUCUGGGAGUCAACUUGAUGGUGAGAUUCUGAAUGCAAUUAGAGACAUGAGUUCACUUGCAUAUCUUGAUCUCUCUUCGAAUGAUUUAAACGGUUCGAUUUCGGAAUAUGCUUUUGGGAACAUGAGUUCCCUUGAAUAUCUUGAUCUCUCUUGGAGUCAACUUGAUGGUGAGAUUCUGAAUGCAAUUAGAGACAUGAGUUCACUUGCAUAUCUUGAUCUCUCUGACAAUCAACUGCAGGGCUCAAUUCCAGAUACAGUUGGGAAGAUGGUUUUACUUUCACAUCUUGAUCUCUCUGACAAUCAACUGCAGGGCUCAAUUCCAGAUACAAUUGGGAAGAUGGUUUUACUUUCACAUCUUGAUCUCUCUCGCAAUCAACUGCAGGGCUCAAUUCCAGAUACAAUUGGGAAGAUGGUUUUACUUUCACAUCUUGAUCUCUCUAGCAAUCAACUGCAGGGCUCAAUUCCAUAUACAAUUGGGAAGAUGGUUUUACUUUCACAUCUUGAUCUCUCUAGCAAUCAACUGCAGGGCUCAAUUCCAUAUACAAUUGGGAAGAUGGUUUUAUUUUCACAUCUUGAUCUCUCUCACAAUCAACUGCAGGGCUCAAUUCCAGAUAUUGUUGGGAACAUGGUUUCUCUUGAAAAACUCUCUCUCUCUGAGAAUCAUCUUCAAGGUGAGAUUCCAAAAUCCUUGAGUAAUUUAUGCAACUUACAAGCAUUAGAGUUGGAUAGAAACAAUCUCUCUGGACGGCUUGCACCAGACUUUGUGGCCUAUGCAAAUGACACAUUAGAGACUCUGUCUUUAUCGGAUAACCAAUUCAGUGGAUCAGUUCCUGCUCUCAUUGGAUUUUCAUCCUUGACAGGGUUAUAUCUUGAUUUUAAUCAACUAAAUGGAACUUUACCUGAAAGUGUUGGACAGCUGGCCAACCUUCUAUCCUUGGAUAUUGCCUCAAAUUCAUUGCUAGGUACUAUCUCUGAAGCCCAUCUCUUUAAUCUAUCCCAGUUGUCCUAUUUAGACUUAUCUUCCAACUCUCUCACUUUCAACAUGAGCUUGGAUUGGGUUCCUCCAUUUCAACUGCUUUCUCUACAAUUAGCCUCCUGCAAAUUGGGACCUCGUUUUCCUAGUUGGCUUCGUACUCAAAACCGGUUGAGUGAGCUUGAUAUCUCCAAUUCUGAAAUUUCAGAUGUCCUCCCAGACUGGUUUUGGGAUGUAACCUCAAGCAUCGAUACCUUAAGUAUUUCCAAUAAUCGGAUCAAUGGGACCUUACCGAAUUUAUCAUCAAAAUUUGGUUCUUUUUCUAACAUAGAUAUGAGCUCAAACUGUUUUGAGGGUUCAAUACCACAACUUCCUUAUGAUGUGCGAUGGUUGGAUCUCUCCAAUAACAAGUUAUCGGGGUCCAUUUCUUUAUUAUGUACAGUUGGUACUGAGUUACUUCUACUUGACCUCUCAAACAACUCGUUGUCGGGAGGGCUGCCCAAUUGUUGGGCGCGGUGGGAAAGAUUGGUAGUUCUUAAUUUGGAAAAUAACAGAUUUUCUGGGCAAAUUCCAAAUUCAUUUGGUUCCUUGCGAUCAAUUCAAACACUACAUUUGCGCAACAACAAUUUAACUGGAGAAUUGCCUUUAUCUUUUAAGAAUUGUACAAGUUUGAGGUUCAUUGAUUUGGCAAAAAAUAGGUUAUCAGGAAAAAUACCAGAAUGGAUUGGAGGAAGCCUCCCAAAUCUGACUGUUCUAAACCUAGGAUCUAAUAGAUUCAGUGGAGGUAUAUGUCCAGAGCUAUGCCAAUUGAAAAAUAUUCAAAUAUUGGACCUCUCUAGCAACAAUAUGUUAGGUGUUGUACCGAGAUGUGUUGGUGGUUUCACUGCCAUGACUAAGAAAGGGAGCUUGGUCAUUGUUCAUAAUUAUUCAUUUGCAGUCUUCGUUGAUAUGUUGCUGCCUUCACUUAUUUGGAAUGCCUUUUAUGUUGAUAGGGCAUUGGUUAAAUGGAAAGGAAGAGAAUUUGAAUAUAAAAGUACCCUUGGGCUUGUAAAGAGUAUUGAUUUUUCAAGCAACAAACUAUCGGGGGAAAUUCCAGAAGAAGUAAUUGAUCUUGUAGAAUUAGUUUCAUUAAACUUAUCAAGGAACAAUUUGACGAGACUGAUCCCUGCAAGAAUUGGUCAAUUGAAAUCAUUGGAGGUUCUUGAUUUGUCUCAAAAUAAACUCUUUGGUGAAAUUCCAGCUAGCCUUGUUGAAAUAAGUGAUCUAAGUGUCUUAGAUCUCUCUGACAACAACUUGUUUGGUAAAAUUCCACAAGGUACUCAACUUCAAAGCUUCAAUAUUGAUUCCUACAAGGGAAAUCCUGCACUCUGUGGAUUGCCUCUUCUGAAAAAGUGUUUUGAAGAUAAAAUAAAGCAAGAUUCUCCUACUCAUAACAUUGAAGACAAAAUUCAGCAAGAUGGAAAUGACAUGUGGUUUUAUGUUAGCGUUGCUCUUGGAUUCAUUGUUGGAUUUUGGGGAGUGUGUGGAACUUUACUACUCAACAACUCAUGGAGAUAUGCCUAUUUCCAAUUCUUGAAUAAAAUAAAAGAUUGGCUCUACGUGAUUAUAGCAAUAAAUAUGGCUAGAUUACAAAGGAGUCUUCAAAGCUAAAUGGAUUGCAACUCUUGUUCUUGCCAUAUUAGCAUGGUUGAAUGCAAAUCGUUGUGUCCUUCCUUCUAUGAUUGAUCUUGGGAUGUAAUAGGUUUCUUGUUUUAUUUUGAGGAUUACUUAUGUUCUUUAGAUGUGUAUUUUAUAUUUUAUUCAGAAAUUUGUGUGACA